CAGAUUAAAGGCACAUGCCAACUCCAUCUCUGGGAAGAUCAUUAGCAGUGGCAAAGCAAAGUCUGGUUAUGACAAGUUAACACAGGAAUAUAAAAACAGUGCCCAAGCAUCACGAGUCUCUUUCUCCACAGUACAAGGGCGCACCCUGGUGGACAACAUGGCAGCAAGUCUCUCGGAACUCCUUAGUCAUAAAAUGAUAGCUCUUGAGGAGUCAGUGAAGCAUGCCGAAAAGGUAGCCAAAGUUUACAAAUGGAAUGGAGAUCUGAAAGAGGGUGAUGUUGAUUAUAUAAAUGCAAAGACAGUGAAAGAAAAUGAUACAAACUUUGAGAUGAACCAUCAUUUUCAACAACGAGUCAACAUGAACGCAUCAAGUGUACACAUUCCCGUCGAGAUAUUUGAAGGAGACAUAGAGAUACUGAAUGGCCUCGAGUGGUCGCGAGCAAUUGAGGACCAAUGGAAGAAGAAUGCUGAAGACUACCCUGACCUCUUGUGGCAGUAUUUUGGUAGCCAGCAAGGCUUCAUGAGAAACUAUCCAGCAUCAAAAUGGCGCAGAGAGGGUGUUGACUUGUAUGAUGUCAGACGCCGCCCUUGGUACACUCAGGGGGCCAGCUCUCCUAAAGAUAUGUUAAUCCUCAUAGACACGAGUGGCAGUACCCAUGGUCAAGCCCUACAGUUAAUGAAGACCUCUGUCAAGUCACUACUUGAUACACUUGGGGAGAAUGACUUUGUCAACAUUGUACAUUUUUCUCAAAAAGCAGAGUAUGUUGUGAGCUGUUUUCAAACAUUUGUCCAAGCAAACUACAGAAAUAAGGCGAAAUUCUUUGAUGCUGUGGACAGUAUACAAUCCUUUGGGAUGGCCAGCUUUGCCAAUGGCUUCACAUUCGCUUUUGAGGAGUUUAUAAAGUUUAAUGCUACAUUCUUUGAUGACCUUGGCGAGGGAGCACAUUGUAAUCGCAUCAUCAUGCUCUUCACAGAUGGAGGUACUGAAGAACCGGAGGAUGUAUUCAAGAAAUAUAACUGGCCAGAGAAGAAGGUGCGUGUGUUUACCUACGCUGUUGGUCCAGCCGCUAACCCUGUUGCUUCUGUACGCUGGGCCGCCUGCGCUAACAGAGGUUAUUUCUCAACCAUUCCUGCCAUGGGGGCCAUCAGAUCAACUGUUCAAAAAUAUCAGGAGUUUGUGGAAGCCUCAUUUGCCUAUGGGAACGUCUCUGAUGUCCUGUACACAUCAACAUAUAAUGAUGGAUGGGGUUUGGGAAUGAUGACCACUUUAACACUGCCUGUGUAUAACAGAUCUGAGGGGGGCAACCAAACUCUGCUCGGAGUGAUGGGAACAGAUGUCACUACCAAAGAGAUGAUGGAACUAGCACCAAGGAAGGAGUUGGGCCAGGCAGGCUAUGUGUUUGCUAUCAAUGGAAAUGGUUAUGUGGUCUUCCACCCAAAUCUCAAGGCACAGAAUGGCUGGCUGGAGGACCCUCCCAAUAUGGAUCUCUUAGAAGUGGAGUAUGACUCUGAGGAAAAAGAUGCUAUGCGUAGGAAGAUGAUUGACCAGGAGACUGGGAGUGCAACUUUAGAUACUUUGGUAGAGAUACCAAGCCAGCGCUAUGUGUCUGUUGAGAAUCGUCAAUACUACUACGCCCCUAUAGAGAAUAGUACAUUCAGUCUUGGAUUGGUAGUCCCUUCCUGGGCCAGUCACUACAUCACCCCCUCACCUAUCACAUCCACACAAGGUUUAAGUUAUUUGCAAGCGUCUGAGAUAUCUGAUAUCUACUUCGCCAACUGGGACUUCUGCAGCAAUAUCAGUGUAGUGAGCAAUAUAUCCACACCCAUGGAGGAUUUCUUCAACACUCUGGAGAAUGAGUAUGAGAAAUGUGAUGAUGCCCUAUUGCAGCAUUUGUUCUGGGAUGCUGAGGUAACAAAGAACAUGGACAGCUGGUGGGAGAGUAAUGCUGCUAUGAUCAAUCGCAGCUUUAUAGGAACAGCGGGUGGUCUGACCAGGAUGUUUCCCAAGGAUAACAACGGCAGUAUGCAAGUUAGUGAGGCUAUGCUGGAUACCUGGAAGUUCUCCGAGUACAAGCGAGCUUAUGACACUGAUAACUUUAUAUUCAUAGCACCAUAUAAAACAGAUGAUGACUCUGAAAACACCACAAUGCCAUUAAUCACAAUGUACAAGUCUAUAAAGAUCACAAGUCCAGAUACCUAUUAUCCCGCAGUGAUAGGGACAGAUAUUGAGUUAGCAGAGUUCCUGGCAGACUUUGAGAAUAUGGUUGCAUGUCGUGGCGGGGAAUAUGCGGAUUCACUAUGCUUCAUACUCGAUGAUGGAGGAUUCAUCAUUUCAACGAAUCAGAACAAAAAAGAUGUUGGCAGGUUUCUUGGCUAUGUGGACCCAAGCCUCAUGAACAUUCUAUUUAACACUACAGUCUACAAGCGUAUUGAAGAGUUUGACUUCCAGGCUUCCUGUCCUGAAGACGACGGCUUUACAAGUGCAGGAUUUAGGAGCAUUUUCAUUCCAACUCUACCAAUUGCUGAAAUGUUAACAUUUAAAUGGUGGUCAACUGCAGCAUCAUGGGCAUACAUGAACUACAAUAUUUUCAAUAUGUUCAUGGCUGAAAGUGAUGAUUUUGUAUAUGCUGAAGAAGAGCCUAAGAAUAAGAGCUGCAUAAAGAAGCAAGCCCAGUAUUACUAUGGGAAUGACGACCCCACAUUUACUCUUACAUAUGAAUUCCCCUGUGAAAACUGCUCUAGGUCAUUCACAGUUGCCCGUAUACAGCAGACCAACCUUCUCCUUGUAUCAGCUGAGAAGGAUGACUGUGAAGAGUGUGACCAUAGCUACCCAGUGCAGGUCCCCACAGAGGAUGAUGGCCCUGAUAUAUGUGAAACAAAGAAGAGAUACAGGAAAAGACCAACAACAGAGUGCUAUGAUUAUGACCCUAAUGAGGACUCUUCAUUAUGUGGUGCUACAGGAAUAACCGUGUCAAUAGGUCUACUAGUCUGUGUACAAACUGUUUUACUUUUAUUCCGGUGAGAUGAUCAGCAUAUACAUCAAGGCUUAGCCAGUAUUCGUCUUGGUCGAGCUGCGUCUGCCUCACUCGUUGGGUUAAGGAAAUAAAUAAAUAGGAAUACAUUAAGAAGAGAAAGUUUGCUGGAAAUUAAGUUUUAAACAUCAAGGAAUAUAUGAACUACAGUAAAACCUAUCUAAGUGGACUACCUUUGGUACCACUAAAAGGUGUUCCAUUUGGGAUGUGUUCCAAUUAUAGAGGUUCAUUCCCAUAUGUUAUUUUUCCAUACAUUUUUAUGUAGUUGAUGUUAAUUAUCACAUUGAUCUUUCUUUUAAUCUC